CGCCCGUCUAACAGUCAAAAAUCCGAGAGGGUUCUCUAAUUCUUAAAGCGACAUCGUUUCCAUCUUCUUCUCUUAUGAAAUACGCUUUCAAGUUUCACCACCCCCUGCCCCCAUUCUCUCUCUCGCAGAAGAAUAAGAGAUUUUCCCCUUAAUUCUCUUCUUCAUUCUAAUAUUGCAAUUUAAUAUUUGAUAGUCGAUUUUGAUCUUCGAGAGGAAAAGAAUAAAAAAGAAAGACAAUGGCUACAAUUAAUAAUAACAGCACAAAUGCCGCCGGCGCCGGCUUCCCCGCCGGACCGGUAGUUUCACCGUCCAAGAAUCCUUUGCCGACUGCAAAAACCGUUGAUACACAGUCUGUUCUGAAAAGGUUGCGAUCUGAACUGAUGGCCCUAAUGAUGAGUGGAGAUACUGGAAUAUCAGCUUUCCCGGAGGAAGACAAUAUAUUCCACUGGAAGGGAACAAUUAUUGGCAGCAAAGACGCAGUAUUUGAAGGGACGGAAUACAAGUUAUCACUUUUAUUUCCUCCUGACUACCCUUUCAAGCCUCCAGGGGUCAAAUUCGAGACGAGCUGCUUUCAUCCCAACUUCGAUAUGCACGGAAACAUAUGCUUGGACAUAUUACAGGAUAAAUGGUCAUCUGCCUACGACGUGAGAACAAUACUGCUAUCGAUUCAGAGCUUGCUUGGAGAGCCGAACACUAGUUCACCUCUCAACACACAAGCAACAUCACUAUGGAGAAAUCGUGCAGAGUUGAGACAGUCUCUGGAGCUGUGCCAGGACCGUUGAUUAGAUCACGAGUUAGGUCUGGUCUACAUCAUUGAGAGCAUGAUGCGAUGUCAUCACAAGAAGACUGCAAUCGACCUCUUCCAUCUCGAGAUCGUCGACGACAUAGAUCGCUUCAACAGCCCAAGAGGCCCGUGCGUAAGUACGACACGUACGGAUUCCCGUUAACGCUGCAGGUAAAUGAUUAACGCAAUCAAUGUUAAAACAUUUUUUUAUUGAAUUUGUAUGUUAGUUAUGUGUUGCAAGCACCACCCGCUUUGUACAUAGUCAAUAUGUCAAUAUGUCAAGUCGCAGGGUCUCGUGGGUGAAGUAGCGGUUCCGCAGGCCCAAGACGACCAGAUGUCCGAUUCGAUCCCCGACCAGUUGAUCGGGCUUCACCUCCAUUGGCGGCAUCACCUCCGCCGAGGGCAUCACCUUCGCCGCCGACGUCACUUCCUCCCCCUCAGGGUGAUUAUUCUGAUUAUAUGUACUUUCGUCUGACUAGAGAGUCGAGGAUAUAGCUUAUGAUGUUAGAGUGCUGCGCGAGCAUUUAGGGGACCUUCAUGAUGACCUAGCACUUCGAGGUGAUAUAGCAGGUAGAUGAUGGGUUGACGGAGGUGACGACCAGGAGGUGAUCAUAGGGUGGUGGGUGAAGGGAGGACGACGGCUGUGACUGGGACGAAAAAGCGUGUUGUUGACUUGCCGGAGCUGGUGGUAGGCAAGAGGCCGAGAGUGCCGUCCAUCACAGUACAUCUUUCUCUGUUUCUUUUUGUCAGGACCAGCCGUACGAUCGAUACUGUGACGAUUCCCGAUACUUAUAAGUGCUUCCACGACAUCAUCACUUCAGGAGCCUGGCUUGCUGAUGAUAUAAGUGAAGUAGUCAUACUAAUAAUUUUUAUGACUUACAUAUCAUUGUUUAUGCAAUGAAAAUAAGUCCAUUUUGUAUUGGUAUUUUUAACUCCAUUAUUCAUGUCUACAAAGGGUUAGCUCGAACAA